UGGGGGAGGAGCAAUUUCAGGACAUCGAGAAGAUAAAGACCAUCGGCAGCACAUACAUGGCCGUGUCAGGACUGUCUCCUGAGAAACAACAAUGUGAGGAUAAAUGGGGGCAUCUGUGCGCGCUGGCUGAUUUCGCCAUUGCUCUGAAUGAAAGCAUUCAGGAGAUCAACAAACAUUCGUUUAACAACUUCCAGCUCAGAAUCGGUAUGGCUCAUGGCUCUGUGGUGGCUGGAGUGAUCGGCGCUAAGAAACCACAGUAUGAUAUUUGGGGGAAGACGGUCAAUCUGGCAAGUCGCAUGGACAGCACGGGCGUCAGCGGGAAGAUCCAGCUCCCAGAGGAGACCUAUGCCAUCCUGAACGAGCGCGGCUUCGCCUUCGAGUAUCGAGGCGAGAUCUACGUGAAGGGCAUCAGCGAACAGGAAGGCAAGAUCCGUACGCACUUCAUGCUGGGCCGCGUGCAGCCCAACCCGCUCAUCCUGCAGCCGAGGAAGCUCACGGGCCAGUACUCGCUCGCCGCCGUGGUGCUCGGCCUGGUCCAGUCCCUUAACCGGCAGAAACAGAAACAAAUCCUCAAUGAAAACAACAACUCAGGCAUCAUGAAGGGCCACUACAACCGCAGAACUCUGCUGGCGCCGGGCGGCUCGGACACCAGCCACGCCGAGGUCACGGACAAGAGCGAUCUGGCCUAGAGGACGGGGAAAACAGACUGUGUACUUAACCAAAAGACUGAGCUGUACUUCAGACUGCUGCCGCUGACUGAGUGUCUCUCUUGCUGUCUGUGUUUCUUUUGUAUUUCUUUUGUAUUUGAGAAACAAUA